GACUCACUAGUCACUACAACUACAUAAUCGAUAACCAUGAGAUGCUAACAUAUGACGGUGAAAAAAAAAAUAAAACAUUAGGCUUUGAAAUUGACAACUAGCUCGCAUCCAAUUUUUGUACAAUCCCAUACUGAUUCACUGGCAAACAACAAUGCCCCACAUCCUUUCUUAAGUAUUUCUUGUCAUUAAGAUGUAUACCUUUUCUGGGUGAGCAUUUUAACUUCAAGUUAUAAUCCAGUUUUGACCCGAGGGACCCGACAGUGGGCAACGUUGCUUUCACACUUAUUUUAGGUGCACUAAGGAGCCCACGCAAGUUGAUCAUCAGACGCACAAAAUUAAAAAGAUUCCAAAGGAAAAAAUAAAAAUAAAAACAAAAACGCUUGUACGCAACAAUGGCUUCUUAAAAGGGUUUGCAGAAACCAAACCUGCUGUUAUAAAUCUGGCCCAGAGCUGAUAACCUGGUCACUACACGCCCAGUGAUCAUAACCAACUGGUGAAGCCACUAGACAAGGAGAAUAUCCCUCAUAGCAGCAUGCAAGGUUCCCAACCACUCCCACUAAAUUUUUGAGCAUUGCUUUAAAAAAUAAAAAAUUCGGAAGGCCUAUCUCUCCCAAGUUAGUUAUCCGCCAUUCUGCUGUCUCUGAGAAUAUGAAAAUGAAGAUACCAGCAUACAAGCUUCUGCUAUUUAUUUCUAUACUCGUGAGUUUCUGUCAAGCUUACGUGGCAGCAAAAGUGAAGAGCCAGCAGCAGAAGAGAACUUACAUUGUUCACAUGGACAAAUCCCACAUGCCGGCAAGUUUCAAUGAUCACAUCCAGUGGUAUGAGGCUUCUUUAAAAUCAGUUUCCGACUCAGCUAAUAUGCUUUACGCCUACAGUAACAUAAUCCAUGGCUUCUCAACUCAACUGUCGGCUGAGGAAGCAGAGUCACUGGAUGCGCAACCGGAGAUUAUUUCUGUUAUUCCGGAAGUGAGAUAUGAGCUCCACACAACCCGGACACCUGCAUUUCUUGGGCUUGAGAAGAGUGAGGCUUUAUUGCCUGAAUCCAGCGCGGUCAGCGAGGUUGUUGUUGGGGUAUUUGAUACUGGAGUUUGGCCUGAAAGCAAAAGCUUUGAUGACAGUGGACUUGGUCCAGUACCAAUUAGCUGGAAAGGUGAAUGUGAAGUAGGUACGAACUUCAACUCAUCAAGCUGUAACCGAAAACUAAUUGGUGCAAGGUUCUUCUCAAAAGGAUACGAAAAUAAUGCUGGACCCAUCAAUGAAACAAGAGAAUCAAAAUCACCAAGAGACGAUGAUGGUCAUGGAACUCAUACCUCAACGACAGCAGCUGGAUCAGCUGUUGCUGGAGCCAGCCUCUUUGGAUUUGCAUCUGGAACGGCACAAGGGAUGGCUUCACGCGCCCGAGUGGCUGCAUACAAAGUAUGUUGGCUUGGUGGCUGUUUCACAUCUGACAUCCUGGCUGCGAUGGACAAGGCUGUGGAAGACGGCGUAAAUAUUAUGUCCAUAUCUUUAGGAGGAGGAGUAUCUGAUUAUUAUAGAGACAUUGUUGCUGUUGGUGCCUUUGCAGCCACAGCGCAAGGAAUCCUCGUGUCAUGCUCAGCUGCAAAUGGGGGACCUUCACCUGGCACCUUGUCCAAUGUUGCACCAUGGAUCACCACAGUUGGUGCUGGAACUUUGGACCGUGACUUUCCGGCUUAUGUGAGCCUUGGAAACGGAAAGAAAUAUACUGGUGCCUCCCUUUAUAGUGGAAAACCAUUACCUGACAUGUUAUUUCCGCUUGUUUAUGCUGCUAAUGUGAGUAAUAGUACAUCUGGUGGUCUAUGCACAACUGGUAGUUUGAUUUCUGAGAAAGUGACUGGAAAAAUUGUGGUAUGCAAUCGAGGUGGUAGCUCCAGAGUUCAGAAGGGUGUUGUGGUGAAAGAUGCUGGGGGAGUAGGGAUGAUUUUAACAAACACUGAGCUAUAUGGAGAGGAGCUAGUAGCGGAUCCACACCUUUUGCCUGCUGCAACUGUGGGUCAAACAGCUGGUGAUAUGAUAAAGAGGUAUAUUUUCUCAGAGGCCAAUCCCACAGCCACAAUUACUACCGGUGAGACGCAAUUGGGCGUUCAACCAGCACCAAUUGUGGCAGCAUUCAGUUCAAGAGGCCCAAACACAGUCACGCCGGAAAUACUCAAACCCGACAUUAUGGCACCUGGUGUCAACAUACUAGCUGGGUGGACUGGUACAGAAGGGCCCUCAGGGUUGAAGAUUGACAACAGACGCGUGAGCUUCAACAUUAUCUCAGGUACAUCAAUGUCCUGCCCACAUAUAAGCGGGUUAGCUGCCCUCCUCAAGGCAGCACACCCAGAAUGGAGCCCUGCGGCUAUCAGGUCUGCACUGAUGACCACGGCCUACACCACAUACCAAAAUGGGGAAACCAUCCAAGAUGCCGCAACAGGAAUGCCAUCUACUCCAUUUGAUUAUGGCUCUGGACAUGUAAACCCUAUAGCGGCCCUUGAUCCCGGCCUUGUCUAUGAUACAAGUGUUGAUGACUACCUACACUUCCUCUGUGCUUUGAAUUACAGCUCAGCUCAGAUAAAGCGCACAACAAAUAAAGACUUUACCUGUGAUUCAAGAAAGAAAUAUAGCGUGAGUGAUCUUAAUUACCCAUCUUUUGCUGUUCCUCUGCAGACAGCUUCCGGCAAAGGUGGUGGCAAUGGUUCAUUGAGCAUGGUUAGCCAUACAAGAACCCUUACUAAUGUUGGCACUGCAGCAACAUAUAAGGUCUUGGUGUCAACAAAAACUGAGUCGGUGAAGAUCUCUGUUGAACCAGGAUUGCUGAGCUUCAGUCAGCGAAAUGAAAAGAAGACAUACACGGUAACAUUCACGGCUGGUUCUAUGCCUUCUGGUACGAACAGUUUUGCAAGUCUGGAAUGGUCAGAUGGGAAUCAUGUUGUUCGCAGUCCAAUAGCUUUCAGCUGGACAUGAUUGUCAUAAUAUUGAAGAAAUGGCACAAGCAGUAUGGUGCUUGCUCUUUAUGUAUAAUUUAUUGGAUGCAACAAUCCCCUCUUCUAUUACCAGUUGGCCAAAGAGAUCCAUUCUAACCUCUGAUAAGAAAGUCAACAAUAAGAGGAAAAAUCAGGCACGGCUGGCACUGAGGAAGUGGGGUGGGGUAGAUGUUUUCUCUUUCAGAGGCUAGAUUCUUAUACUCUGUUUGGCUUUCAUAGUUCCCUUCAUUGUAGCAAUAUUAAGGGCCAUUAAUGGUUUAAAGCAUCUAUAUCAUGUUGUCAUGACUCGGCAGUUUCUGUUGUCAUGACAUGAUCACUUAGUGGAAGACCAGAAGUACUAAAUUGGCAAUUCACUGGAA